AAUUUGUUUAUUUUAUGCAUAUUUUAUGAUAUAAACGUUAAAACAAAUUAAGAUAAAAUCUUAAUAAUAAAAUUCGUUAGUUGCUAGACAUUAAAAUGGCAGACAGACUUACGCAGCUUCAAGACUGCAUCAACAAACAAGCUGAACAUUUCUGUAACAGUAUUGGAAUAUUGCAACAGUUUGCUUCUCCUAGUAAAUUUCCAAACUUUGAUAGAAGUGGAUCCCAGACUCCUCAACAGCAACAGAAUCAAGAGGAUUAUGUGCAAUUGUUUACUACUUUAAUUGCUCGUUGUGCAAAAGACAUUGAUACACUAAUAGAAUCUUUACCUAGUGAAGAAAGUUCCACAGAAUUGCAGUUACAAAGUUUGAGGAUUUUAGAACAGGAAAAUCAAGAGGCUGCUGAAAGAUUAGAAGAGGUAGUUAAAAAUGGUCAGGAAUUACUAGAAAAAAUUCAAGCUGCUCUUAGUGAUAUUGCGCAAGCCCAACUUGACAUGCAACAUUUGACAAAAACAAUAGCACAAAUUGAGAAUAAGGAAUUAUAGUGUGAUAAGAUUUUUUACUUAAGUUAUGAAUAUUUUAUAUUAUUGUAAUGUAAGUUUUAAUACAUUUUUUCACCAUG